AUGGCUACCCUGGAGUUUGGAACAGCAACACAGGUAAAACGAUUGCAUUGCUGUGCUGCUGGUUUCACGUCAAUUAGAUGGUAUAAAGAUAAUGUUCCAUAUCCAUGGAAACUCAUAGAUCCAGCAGAAACUUAUCCUGAUAUUGAACAUAAUAAUCAGACUCUUAUAUUUGAUCAUUUAAAUGAAUACCUAGAUGAAGCCACAUAUACAUGUGAUGUUAGUAAUGGAACCCAACAUAUCUCUCAUACAAAAAAACUAGAAGUACAAGAUGCAGAAUUUUUAGAUCCUCCAAUAUGGUCAUUCACCCCACGCUGUCAAGAUUAUAAAACACUUCCUGGUGCAAAUGUUACUUUUUUUUGUGAGUUUUACGUUGGACAAGGAGACUACAACCUGGUUGAGUUUCGGAAAGAAAAUAAAACUGGUACUUAUUUCAUUGAGGAGCUAGAUAAUCAGACUUACAGCACAUAUACUACACAAAGGGAUAAAGGUGCCUAUCAGGGUGUUGGCUUAAUCAUUUCUAAUGUUAAAAAGAACACUUAUGGUAAAUAUAUUGCCAAAGCUGCUAAUGGACAUGGCGAUGUUUACGUACCUCUAACAUUAAAGUAUGGUGAUCCAAAUGCAGAACCUCAAAGCCCAUAUUUAUAUAUAUUGAUUAUAAUUGGUGUCAUCAUUAUAUUUAUCUUGCCACUCGGACUACUUAUACGAUACAAAUUUGGACUUGAUAUCCAACUUUUAUGGAAAUACAAGAUUAGGAAAGUAGACACUGAUGGUAAAACAUAUGAUGUGUUCAUAUCACACAUUGGGAGCGAGAAAACCGUAAAGUUUUGUAAAAAACUUUUGGAAUACCUGGAAAACAAGUGGGGAUUUAAAACUUGCUUAGUUGAGCGGGAUCUGCUUGCUGGGGUGGCCACAUGUGACAAUAUUGUGGAAUCAGUGAAAGACAGCAGCUGUUUUCUUCUAGUGUUAACUCCUGAUUAUAUACAAGUUCCACCUGAUAAUGAUCAAAUAGUAUUAGAAAGUCCUGAAUAUGUAAAAGAAACUCACUGGCGACCGUACGAGUUUCAAAUCGCGCUAGAAGAAUCUCUCAAACUUCAAACUCGUAUAGUGAUCAUUAAGUUGGAAAAACUUCCUGCAAAUAUUAACAUGGACCACAUGAAAACGUUGAAGCAUGUCAUUGGUGUCACACGCUGUCUAAAAUGGGAACCAAAUGCCGGUAGAAAACAAGACAAGUUUUGGAAAAAUUUAUUGUUCCAGUUGCCAACCAGUUCUAAAUGGAGGCCGACAUUAGGACAAUUAGUGUGCGCAGGACUGAGUGUAUUACAACACAAAUCAGCAGAUGAUGAAAAACCAUUGAAUAGACAAUUAAGUGAUGAAAGAAGUAGGUAGGGGGAGGGCUCACCAACGGAAGAAAUCUCUGCACCAUUUUAUAGCAUAUCAAAUACGUUAGAUACUAGCAGAGAAGGACAUUCAUAUAGCAGUAGUCAUGGAGAUAU